AUGUCCGUGCACCAAAGCCAAUUCAGCACUCUAAAGGAGUGCUUUCAGUUCCUAGAGUGGCUAAACGGUAGCGAUGAUAAUAUGCUUGAAAAGCUGGCAAGUGAGCUGGAAAACCGUAUUGAUACAUAUUUUAAUAAUCAUCAGUUUGGAAUUGAAUUGAGAAGUUCAUUAAUUAAUUUUCUCGACGAUGUAUCGUCGCUUCAUGACCAAAUAAGCACAAUUGCAAAACCCGGUGAUUAUCAAACGUAUGCAGAGGACAUCACCGAAUAUUUUCACGAAUGCCUCUCCAAGGUACACGCUGCUCUCUCUGAUUUGCUGGAUAUUGUAUACUUCAGUCACGACGAUGGAGGAGAUGGUAUUAUGGGGAAUAUGGAGGAACUGCAGGUUUGUGAGCUUAAGCGUUACCUCACGUCCUCCAACUCCGAUAACUUCAACGGCAUUAUCCCCGGUGGCUUCCGCCCCGAUGAUCUGCAAGUUUUCACGGGUCAAAGUUUAGCCGAAAAUCUAAACGCUGCGCUUCAAAGAACUACCAUAACGCCUGAUCUUUUCACUAGCGUUCUCUUCAAUAAUUUAGUUAAGGAUGACUGGCACAACCUAGACGCUGGGAACGUCUUGCUGUUGCUGUGGGCGUUUUGCGGGUAUGUGCAAAGCCAUGAAAAAGACAACACCGAUCUAAAAACAAAUUUACAAGCACAGCUUAAUAAAAAAGGAAUGUGUUUCGAUUGGAAAAAAUUAGUAGCGCAUUGUUCCAAACUCAAAGGCGAAUUAGAUAAAUUGUUUGGUAGUGAUGACGAGUCCAGUCCUAAACCCUUCUCUACUACUGGCAGAGCGUUUACCACUAGUGCCCUUAAGCCCGAAGCAUUUGCCGGAGCAUUCGAGAAAUGGUUUAAAAAUCACUGGAAGCAGAUGAUAGGGGCUUUGGAAGAUAUUCAGAAGAGAGUUACCGAUUUAGAAAGUGAUACUAGUGACUUCACCCCCGAAUCUCUCUAUCCCUACGGCAUAGUGUUGAAUAAGGGUCAAAAAGGCUCGUGGAAAUCGGGAUUGAAGGAUCUGCACGGUGUUUUGGAUGUGCUUGGUGAUUCAAAUAACGGUGACUUGAAAACGCUCAAAAGAAUUCUGGAAGGUGAGACGUGUCCGGCGGAGCCUCCGCCUGUCGCCACUAAAACUGAGGCAACAAAACCUGUGGCAACCAAAACGGAGGCCACAAAACCUGUGGUCACCAAGGCGGAGGCGGCGAAGCCGACUGCCACUAAAAGUGAGGGAGCACAGAACCAAGGCAAGAAAUCCGAGGGAGCUCCAAAUCAAAGUAAAGGUCAAAGUGACGUAAGUUCUCCACCUCCACCAGUUGGCAAGCCUCCUGCUCCAGCUGCGCCUUCCGGUGAUCAAGGAGGUCAAGGCCCGAAAGGGCCUAAAGGUGCAGUGUCUCCGGGGUCUUCUCAGUCUACAAUCACGCCAGUUAAACAAGUCGUUCAGACUCAACAGACCACUCUGCAACCCCCUCAACCGGCAUCCCCUGGCCACCCCGGUCAGCCAGGUGUCGGCAGUACGGAUUCACCGGGAGACAAUGUUUUAAGUACACAGACUAUUUCCUCGACAAGUCCUGCGCCGACUCAAAUGCCAACUGUUCAAAGUCAGGGAUCUGCGCCAUCUGUUGCCCAUGGCUCCAGUGGUCAGGGCUCUAUUGAUCAAUCGCCUUCCAUUAACUCUAAUCUUCAAACUGCUCAAAGCUCUCCUACCCCUCCUAUACUACCUUCUAAUCCUCCUCCUCCUCCAGAAAUCAAAUUUGUAUACGAUUUAGGGAAGUUAUCUGACAUCUCUACAAAUGCUUAUUUGGAUGCACUACACAAUCAGAUGAAAGCUUUACCACCUAAAGUGCCACUUCUAAUCACAGAGCCUCCGAAGCGUGAUCCAGAUGAUCUUCAAAAUUCAGAGUUGUACGUUCUGCACGAUCCAGUUCGGUUCGGUCUUGGAGGGACGGCAGCUGUGGAUGCUGAUAAGGCACUAGUCGUGGAAUUCGAUGGUAACGAUGUGGCAGAAGCAAAACAAGUUGACAACGCAAUACCGGUUGGCUUUGACGGAGGAAUAGUUUCCGAUUUUCAAGAUCCAGUAGUACCCUCUAAAUUUAGCGGUAAGUUGGGCGGUGAGGUUUAUGACGAUGGCACUGACCUUUUAUUGCAGAAGCAGAUAGAUGCGAAAGCAGAAUGGCAGGAAGCGCAGAAAGUAAAAUUUCUGAAAGGUAUUCAGGAAGAUUUUCAAAAUAAGAUUACGAGUUCUAAUAAUGAUGCAGUGUUCAUGUCAGGUAAUGCAAUUAAAUUCCCACAGCAUGCUCAAUUGAAAGGGGAAGUUUUGAAGGAUAAUUCCGACACUAAAGAGAAGAGGAAACAGGAAGCACACAAAUAUGCUCGUCUGAAAGAAUUUGCGGUCACGGGGAAUAAGAUUCCGAUUCCCCCUGCCCCUAUUAAGCCCCUUCCGCUAGUCCCCUCUAUUGGCGUUCCUACGGGUACUGCAUUAAAAGAGUCAAAACAAAUACCACCUUUGCCACCGUUGCCGUACCCGCUUUCUGUUCCUGCCAUCGCUUCCGUCCCCGAAGGCAUCGAUUUAACUAAAAAGAAACGUACGACCGAACGUCCGCCUGUGGCCCCUACUGUUAAUGUACCGGUGACAGGGCGACUCGACUUGCCAAUUGAGAACGUAACAGACGUCGAAGGCGCUCCGAUUGAGAAAAAACCAUCUCAUAUCCCAACGGUCUAUAUUCCUCAGGAUAGUGCUUUCGAGACGUUUAUACCAUCGGAAGCCAUGGGAGAUCCCGUUCCCAAUACCAAGACAAAUCCUUCACGGAAACCCCUCACGCCGGUAGAAAUCGACGAUCAUCCGGGUAUUAUGAUUGAUGAACCUAUAUGUCUGCAGUACUCCCCAGUAUUAGUCACCAAGAAAGUGCCUUCCACAGAUUCCUCCAUACCGUCGCCCCGAACCGUGCGUGAGAUGAUGUGCUGGAUCAGUGAUUUGAUGUAUGCGUCGGGUUACGACGAAUUGACUACGCUAAUUGCACGUCUGUUUGAGGGGUCUAAGUCGAUUGAAGGAUUCGCAGAAUCGUUCUCAAACACCGAUGUUAUGGUUACUCUGUCUGAUGCGUGCGGCCACGCCAGCUCAGUGCUCGCUGGCAUGGAGGGGCCCAAGCCCACCGACCUAUCCAAAUUGCAUUAUGAACGCUACGGCAUUCACCUGAUGCACUACUCCGACGACCCCUACACGCUGCUGUGUCAGUUGCUCAGUUACGUAUACGCUUCAUACCAUCAGUUGUCCUUCCUGCGCACUCAGUGCAGCCGGGACACGCAUUCUGGUGGAUGGCGUGACUGUCUGUUUGGUAGAAAUGUGGAGAUUUCCAAAGCUUGGAAGUGCCGCAAAGAUCCGGUAGAUCCUAUGAGACUACAGGGCCACGAUUGCGACUUGUCCCCGCUGCAAGGCUUCCUCACCGACCAGUCCGUGCUCCCCACCUACUGGUAUCAGAGGGACCAUAUAUGCCAGCGGAGUCAUAUCAAAAUGGGCUUCCGUCCGGACCAUUUACGUCGAGAGUCCAAGCAUGGCUUCUACAUGUACAACGUGCUGGCCGGGGUGUGCUAUCAGAAUGCCGACCCACUCGAGAAGCUUUGCAGGUAUCUUGUGUGCCUCACCAGGCGGACGCCGCGCACCACUGGGGAGCUUGUGUCUUUCUUCCACAAUUUCGGAGGUGAGCUGCACGGUGCACCUUCAAAGGUGUCUCCACUGGGCUCCGCCCUCUCACAGCCACAUGACGACUGCCCCGACUGGGACCGUCUCAAGGACGCCGACCUCAAUGCCAUCAGGGACAUCAGGGGCUCCUCCCCUCCCAUCGCCGACUCCAUCCACGACCAUGACAAGGACCAUCCCAAGACGUUGUCAGCACUGCUAGGUUGCGGCAUCACUAACGCCAACUGCACACGACUUCUCUCUCCCAUCACCUACCGGGCCUACGCCCUGUACUCACCAAGCUUCGCCCACACCUACCUCAGCUGGACGGUGUACCUACCAGACAGAUUACACGAGUCGCUGCUCAAGCUGUACUGUGAUCUCGAGAACCUUCAAUGUCCCGACUCCAAGGCCAAGUCCCUCCACCAGUGUGACAAGGCCCUACCCCUCCUCUACCUGCACGGCAUCACCCCGCCAGACGGGGUAACGCAGCCGUCACUCUCCUGUUCCGAGAUCAUCACCAAGCUGGAGCAGGUGGCCAACGGACAGCCUAUCGCAGACCUCAUGACCGCCAUGGACACAUUCCUCUACGGCAUCCGUGCCCCCUUCCUCUACACCAUCGUAGCACUCUGGCUCGUCGCCACGCUCUACGUCGCCCACUCACUCCUCUACCGCAUGGACGUCCUCCGCAUACGCUCCCACCUCCUCACUACCGGGGCCUCACACCUCAUCGACGUCAAGGCUUUACUCGCCGGCAGCCGCAGGAUGCUCUCACUCUACAAGGACGUCGACUACUUCGACGACGACGCACUCACUCACGCAAUUCAUCAAUGA